UGCUGAAGGCUGCGAUUGGCUGAGAUGAGCGGAGGCUCCGCGUGCCUCUGACAGAUGGAGGCUCCGGCCUCAGAGGCGAGCGGCGGACUCCGUCAGCAGCAGCGGCCCUCUGAGCUUUCUGUUCCGGUUUGUUUUCAUCUUUUCACGCGGAGAUGAUCUGAUCCUAAACCCAGAGGCGGCUCUCAGCCCGUUUCUCUGUGGAUGUUUCUGUUCUUCUAGAUUUGACUUUAAGCAGGAUUUACAAUAAAAGGGAAAUCAAGCCAGAAACAUACGGUCCAGCUCGCGCACCUGGCCUGUCCGUCCGGCCCCCCUCCCUGCCCCGAGCAUGAUGUCGUAUCUCAAACCGGGCCCGUACGGGAUGAACGGACUGGGCCUGAGCGGCGCCGCCAUGGACCUACUGCAUCCCUCCGUGGGGUACCCUGCCAACCCGCGGAAGCAGCGGCGGGAGCGCACCACCUUCACCCGGACGCAGCUGGACAUCCUGGAGUCGCUGUUCGCCAAGACGCGCUACCCGGACAUCUUCAUGAGGGAGGAGGUGGCGCUGAAGAUCAACCUGCCGGAAUCCAGGGUCCAGGUCUGGUUCAAGAACCGACGAGCCAAGUGUCGGCAGCAGCAGCAGCAGAGCGCCAACAGCACCAAGGUGAAACCAGUGAAGAAGAAAUCAUCCCCAACCAGAGAUAGCGCUGGUUCCGAGAGCAGUGGACAGUUCACCCCACCUGCAGCAUCCAGCUCCUCCACCUCCUCCUCCUCCUCCUCCUCCUCAGUCCCCUCCGGACUGAGCGGACCUGCUCUGAUCUGCACCUCUACUUCAGUCACCGCUCCGGUGUCGUCCAUCUGGAGUCCAGCAUCCAUCUCCCCGGCCCCGGCUCCAGCAAAUUUGCCUGAACCCGUCCCCCACGCCAGCGCCUCCUGCAUGCAGCGCUCUUCGUCGUCCUCCACCCUGACAGGAACUCCAUCUUAUCCUGUGUCCUACAGCCAGACUGCAGCAGCGUACAGCCAGGGCUACCCCCCUUCAGCAGCGAGCUCCUACUUCAGCGGGGUGGAGUGCGGCUCCUACCUGGCACCUAUGCACUCCCACCACCACCAACACCACCUACAUCAGCUCAGCCCCAUGACAGGGAGCUCCAUGUCAGGACACCCACACCACCACAUCGGCCAAACAUCUGGCCACAACCCCCCACCCCCCCACCACCAGGCCUACAGCACGCCCGGCCUCACCUUCAACUCAACAGAUUGUCUGGAUUACAAAGAGCAGACAGCAGCUUCAGCCUGGAAGCUCAACUUUAACGCCUCGGACUGUUUGGACUACAAAGACCAGGCCUCGUGGCGAUUCCAGACGCUGUGAAGACCUCUUGGUCUCUUAGGGAGAGGAUCAUCUUUGGGAUUAAAGUAAACAUGUGCACAUGUGAAGCCUCAGCAUCAGUUCUCCUUGAGAACACAAGAGACAGACUGGCCUUCGUCACAGUGAGCUCACGGUGGAUCCUGAUGAUGUCAGAGAUCUGGAAUUGCCUCGGUGAUGACUCCUCGAGAAAAAAAAGCAAACUUUCUGAGACACGGCAUCCCCAGACGAGUUUUUAUUGGUGUUUUCUAAACAGGUUUAUUUUUAAAACAGGCCUGUUGCUUUGGCUCUGGUUUGGUUCUGACACUUGCAGCACUUGUUUGCUUUUGGAAUGCGAAUCCUGAUCAAAAUGUCAGCCAGCUGUGUCUUUAAAAUAAAGUCCUGUUUAAACAUGA